GUGAGCUCGGAAGGCCACCACCGGCACCGGGAGAGGAAAAGUACGGCAAGUUUCUCCUGCUCUCUUCCGCGCCCAUAUAUAGCAGACGGAAACAACGAAGCAGCACACACACAAGCGCAGGCGAAAGCAAGCUGCAAACGAGUGCCGACGCGUCGAGUAGGAGGCGGCGCAGAGCUGCAGCUAGCGUCUGAUGCCGCCGAAGCGGCGGCGGGUGGGUGGAGGCGGCGGCGGCGGCGGCGACAGGGUAGAAGGAGGAGGAGGAAGGUCAACGCCGCCGCCGCCGCCGGCGCUGAAGAGGCGGUGCCGCUCGUUCGACCUUGAGAUUAGGGGCUGCAGGCACCACCAGGAGCUUGCCACUAGGGUGGAGGCGAUCGAGACCGCCGUUAGCCGGAUACCGGAAGAGCUGAGAAAAGUACUCACAAGCUUCUUCAACCAUGUUCCUGGAGCGAGAUUUGAACAGAACCUGCCUCCAACUUAUGAACUCAGAUUUGUGAAUAGCUUGAGUGAUGACAUCUUUACAAAGAGGGAGGUCCGGGCAGGGGACGGGAGUCAAAUCAAGAUAAGAAUGGUUGUAAGCAAUCAGCAAGGCAGCAAUUGUCCCCGCCUUCUUUCCGCCAAUGUCAAGAUUGUAGUUCUUGAUGGUGACUUCAAUGUGGAUAAUCGCGAGGUCUGGACAUCCGAGGAGUUUGACAACCAUAUAGUACGCCCACGUGACAAAGUUGGGGCGGUGCUUACUGGAAAGCUGGAUGUCAAACUGGAAAAAGGUGAGGCUUAUCUUCCCAAAGUUACUUUCAUCGAUAACUCCAGCUUCACAAGGAGUCGAAAGUUCAGGCUUGGGGUAAAGCUUACUGAUGAUCUUGGUGAGCGAGUUCAAGAAGGUAUAACUGAACCUUUCACUGUGAAGGACCGCCGUGGAGAAGGAUACAAAAAACGUGACAUUCCAAGGUCAGACGAUGAAGUGUGGCGCCUGAAAAAGAUUGCAAAAGGUGGUGUCUUCCAUGAGGCGUUGGAACAGAGUGGCAUUCCUUCAGUGAAGCACUUAUUGAGGUUGUAUUAUAAGGAUGCAAAAGCUCUGAGCAAUAUUCUAAACGCCUCACAGUCGGUCUGGACAACUAUUGUUGAUCAUGCUAAAAAGUGUGAUCCUGGGAGAUCCCUUUACUCUCACUUUCUGGAAGACAAGAAAAUUAGGCUGUACUUCAGUUCUCUGGGUCAGAUUGUUGGAGCAACAAUAGCUGGUCAGUAUAAUGAUUUUGGAGAUCUUGAUACGCCUUGGAAGGCCCAAUUGGAAAAAUGGGGUAAGGAUGUAUAUGAAUGUAUAACCUACCAUCAACCUGAUUAUGAAAUGUAUAAUAGCCAACCAAGACCAAUUAACUGCAGUACUCUUCAGUAUUCAAUCACGCCAGGGCCUAAAUCUACUGAACCUACUGUUUUUCCAGAUCAAAAUAUUCGUGAACUUGGUGAGCAAGACACUUCAAAGGGCAACGGAUUUUCUGGUACUCACUCCCAACAGUGUACAUUUAGAAGGCUUGGAUCCGUGCGAGUGAGGACCUUACCUUCUGCACAAGAAAACAAUGAAACUGAUGCGUAUUUUGACAUCGAUGUCCAGCUGGGUUCUGGACCUGAAAUCCAUUAUGGAACUCCGGAUGCAAAUUACAAUACAGGUUCAGUGACACUCAAUUGCCCAACUACUGCGACAGGCGAAAUUAUAGCAUCAGUAGCACUGGAUCAAGCAGCCUUGACAAUGCAUCAAGGGGAUUAUCAGAUGCCUUUCACAAACGAUGAUCCUUUAUAUGGUCACUGGUAUCCAGAGCAGCAAGUGACUUCUCAGUAUGCAUCUCCUUUCUCACUGAGUAUGCAAGCUGACCUUCCUGUUUUAUCAACACAAAAUAACUUCAGCAUGGAUCAGUUGUUCGAAAAUAUGCCCGACGAUAACCCUCAGUUCUGUGCACCCGUUGUGAGCGAGCUGCCAACUGAUGUUCACAGUGACAUGAAAAAGCUGCCCUCCUACCGGAGGUGGGUUAAAUUGAUCGCACCUGUGAAGUGGAAGGCUAUGGUAAGGGCUUCCAAGAGAGCAAGGCUUAUGCUUGAGCAAGAAGGUUGGAGUUCCUGAGCAAGUGAAACUAAUAAAACUGUUGUUGAUGUUUUGCUCUUGUAAUAGUGUUCUGUAUGGUGUCUGAAUUGUAUUCGUGUAUUAAUAUUGUUUACUGUACGUAUGACAUUUGUUCAUACAUUUGAUGUACAUAUGUACUAUGUAGUGAGAUUUGUGUAACUUACCAUAAACCAGCUACUUGUCAUGUUGGUAGCCCCAUGUCUGUUGAAAUAAGAAAGAUGGAAGAUCGUCACUCUUGCA